AGUUGUUUGUUUACUUGUUUGUGUCUCUAUCGGUUUGCCUUUAUUACUUGUUUACUUUAAUUAUAUAUUUGUUUAUAUGUCAACAUUUCAUUUAUGCAUUUGAAAAAAAAACCCUUAGCUUUAUGGACUUCAAUGGAUUCCACUACAACAGUAUUAUCUUCAGAGAGCAGCAAGAAAGAGCACAGAUACUCUCCAUUGCGGUGGGUUCGUCGUUUGCUUAAUUCUUGUUUCAGGAAAAGCUAUCUUCAAGAUGACAAUGUUAGCCUUCUGGCUCGACCAUGGUCUAUACCAAGCAAUCAAGAGAUCCACAUGCCUUCUACUCCUAGCCUUCCGUCUUGUAUAAGUGUUGUAAUCGUUAAUGAUGAGGAAUAUCCUCCAAAACCGAAUACACCGAACAACCCGUACAAGAUUCUUACGGUACCAAAUCCUAACAAGAUUCGUCACAUUAGCACUUUUUCAGGCAUUCGCGAAAUUACAGGCCGGUCACUAUCCAAUAUAUUAACUUUGCAAGAAAAACGCACAUAUAUGAAUCCUUUCUUGUCCGGAUUUUUCUGCAUCAUUUACGGAAGUGAACGCGUACCAUAUCUUCAUGUGCAGUUUUGUGAUGCAAUCAUGCAUGCAUCUUCUUGUCCAGAGGCUUGCGAGCUUCAAGAUUCGCUAGCAAAGUAUAUGAUGAAACAAGCUGAUCGUGCAUUUCCAGAAGGCUUUGAACAGCUAGCGCUAUACUUGGAGGAAGACAACAUACCACAUCAUAUUUUGUUGCACCAUGUAAUGCUUUUUGACAUUUAUCCAGAGAAAUUAAAAAACAUCGUCUGGAAAGCGGUAAGCAAUUAUAUUCAUCGCAACAUAAGCUGUUAUGGCUACUCAAAAAUUCACUGGGCUGCUGCUGAGCGUCACUUCGGUCACCCACGUUUGCUUCUUGUAAAGCCACAAGACUGUUUUUGCGUUGAUGAUACAAACGAAUGGAUCGCCAUUUGUAACAAACGAUUCCAUUGCAGUAUAUUCGUCGACCACAAUUCGUUUAGUGAACGAAGCGAAACCGAACUUAUCGCUUUCGAAGAACUUGCAGACAUGGCAAAUGAGGCAUGCGAAAUCGGUUGGCUUUGCUUCCUUGCGAGCACAGGUAAUCAGGCUGCUGCAUUCCCCAUCCACGCAUAUUUUCAAUCACUAAACGAAUACAGCGGCAUAACCCUGCCUCAAAGUUUACUUUACCUAAAGCCACAAGACAACAUUCUUUUUCAAGGAAAUGUCGAAUUGGUCGUAAACUACAUUUAUGACACCAUGAUCGAGGAGGCAUUAGAAUGUGAAACAAGGAAGAAAGACGAGAUGCAAACUGUAGAAAAUGAUUUCAAACCACAUAUGAUUGUUUCAAAACCAAUCUGUGUUUUAAGCGAUAUUCUUAAACCAAGACGUCUUCCUUUUCACUCUUUCGAGAACUCGUCGGAGCUGAACGAGACUGCAGGACACCCACAGGCCGUAAAGAUCUCAAAAAGUUUAAAAGACUAGCGUAAGGGGUCGGAUUACUGUAACAAAAGUUUCGUGUAAUAUUUAUACCGAAAGACAAACUUCUCGUGUCUUGGACUAGAAUAUUUGCCUAUUCAUAAGUAAGACUUGCGAUCUCUGGAUUGACGCAGGAAUGACUCAUAAGUGAAAGUCCAGCAGCUUCCUGAGCUGUUUGAAUUGCUUUAUCCACACGGACAUUCUUCAUUAGUAAAGAUAGGCAAACUCCAACAAAUGUAUCACCUGUACCACUGCUAUUCACCGCAUCGGUAAUAAGCUUGGGUGUAGGAUAAUACUUAAUCACAACAUUUCCGGGGGUAACAAGAGAGUUAGGAGACCGGUACAAAUCCAUAAAUGCACUUCUAGAAAAAAGAAGAAUACCGGAUGACCCCAACUUUAAUAAAAUGGUCGGCAAGAAAGGAAGAAGUUUAAUACACUUUUGGAUAGUGCCAUGAUUUGUAAGAUUAGGAAGACCCAAUUUCGUGACAUAGUUGCUAAGCUUUUCGGAAAAGUCACUAGUAAUACCAAACAUGUUCAAACGACUCCACCAGGAGUCCGUGUCAAACAAGCUCGUUUUCUCUACAGCUGAGUAGAUGGCAUCAAGUUCAAGAAGGUUAGGUGUAAUUAUAUCUAUGUUUCCG